AUGCCCACCUUUUCUGGAGUUGAGGCUAUCGAUUUGGUCCUUGCUGAUGAUGAGGACGACAAUUUGGAUGUGGCCGAGAUGAGCCUUACUUGUCAUGGCUUCGACGAAGAUCGAAUCAGGAGAGUUAAUGGUGGUGAAGAUGCAAUUGAAAACGUUAUAGAGCUACAGGAGAGUGACGAUGUGGACGACCCCCUUAUCGUGCUGUUAGAUCUCAACAUGCCACCUAAGAUGGGAGGCGCCGAGGCAGCCGAGACCAUAAGGAAAAUGAUGGACAACGAGGAACUGGAGCGUAACGUCAUGUUGGUUUGCUGUUCGGCCGGCAGAGUUGAGGACCUCAAGUCCCAAAAUUGGGCCCAUAAUUUUGACCAUUUCUGCACCAAACCCUUCACCCCACAGACCGCCGAGGAGCUCGCCUCAGCCAUCGAGAGUUGGUGUGAAGAACAAGAUGAAUGA